GUGGCAGUGGAGUAGUGGUAGGAAAAGCUCGUCGCCGAGUCGCCGUACGGGGGCUCGGCUCGGGUGAGCGAGCGGCGGCCGGCGGGUACUGAGGCCUGAGGGCGAGGCGAUGGGCCGCCUCCGUGACGGGCGAGCCUUCCUCCACCGCGCGCUUGUCCUCUCGUCGCUGCUCCUUCUCGCCUCCGGCGAAAUCUUCUUCGAGGAACGGUUCGAUGAUGGGUGGGAUAGCCGCUGGGUGAAAUCUGAUUGGAAGAAGAGCCAAGGACAAGCUGGAACCUUCCGACACACAGCGGGAACCUACUCUGGAGACCCUGACGAUAAAGGUAUACAAACAACUGGGGAUGCCAAACAUUUUGCUAUAUCAGCAAAAUUCCCACAAUUUAGUAACAAGGACCGGACAUUGGUGAUCCAGUACUCUCUAAAGAUUGAGCAAGAUAUUGAAUGCGGUGGUGCUUACAUCAAACUUAUGUCUGGUUAUCUCAACCAGAAGAAAUUUGGUGGCGACACUCCUUACAGCUUCAUGUUUGGGCCUGAUAUAUGUGGGGAUCAGAAAAAGAAGCUCCAUCUCAUACUUUCAUACCAAGGGCAAAACUACCCUAUCAAGAAAGAACUAAAAUGUGAAACAGACAAGUUGACACAUUUUUACACAUUUAUUCUUAGACCUGAUGCCACUUAUAGCAUCCUUAUCGAUAACCGGGAGAGAGAAUUCGGGAGCAUGUACACUGACUGGGAUAUCCUUCCUCCUCGUAAGAUCAAAGAUGUUAAUGCAAAAAAGCCAAAAGACUGGGAUGACAGGGAAUAUAUUGAAGAUCCUGAUCAAGUUAAGCCAGAGGGAUAUGAUUCAAUUCCUAAAGAGAUACCUGAUCCCAAGGACAAAAAGCCUGAGUCAUGGGAUGACGAUGACGAUGGUACAUGGAAGCCUAGAAUGAUACCUAAUCCAGAAUACAAGGGACCAUGGAAGCGGAAGAAAAUUAAGAAUCCUAACUACAAAGGAAAAUGGAAGACCCCAUGGAUUGUCAAUCCAGAGUUUGAGGAUGACCCAGACCUAUAUGUUCUGAAACCUUUGCAGUAUGUGGGGAUUGAAGUAUGGCAGGUCAAAGCUGGUUCAGUUUUUGACAACAUUUUGAUUUGCGAUGACCCAGACUAUGCAAGACAUGUUGUAGAUGAAACUUUUGCUGCAAAUAAGGAGGCUGAAAAGGAGGCCUUUGAAGGAGCUGAAAGAAAGAGGAAGGCUAGAGAAGAAGAGGAAGCACGGAGGGCACGGGAGGAAGGGGAGAGACGAAGGCGGGAGAGGGAUAGGGACCGCGGCAGGGACCGAUACAAGGAUAGAUAUAAGCGUCAUAGGCACUACGACUACCAUGACGAGCUAUAGAUCCUGUAUUCUUUUGAAAUCUGCACGAUAUUGGAUGUCUGUCUACGGAGAGCGCACGUGCAAAACUUGUAUGUUGUACUCACGGAUGAAGCUGAACCUGUGAUUUUGGCGAUGGGUAGAGAUUGGCCAUCGCGUCUGUAACUAAAUUUCCACGUUGCGAUGCAAUAUGAGCUGUAGUACUGUCCUCGCACUACUAUUUACCGUUUGUGCUGCAUAUGUGAUAUAAACCUUCAAGAAACACACACACGAAGGGUCUGAAUGAGCACGGCCUUUGUUGUUUGCUUCU